CGUGCGCGCCCGGUGACCGACUGCCGCCGAAGAGACAACACCGCCGUCUGCGCUCAGCCUGACCUGCGACUGGCAAUGGACUACGCGAGCAACGCCUCGAACAGCUACAGUUCUGGAGACGCCAUGAGCGCCUCCUUAGCCAACAUGACCGUCAACGACCAGCGCCACCAGGAGAACGGGGUCCAGGUGGGACACAGAAGCCCCGGAGACGCCACAAUGAAAGAAAAUGAAGCGGCGCCUGGUGAAAAUGGGGCGAAAUCUGCGUCUGAACUCUCUCAGCCGGAGAGCUGUGGCGACGAGGUGCAACCUGCGGAGACGUCUGCAGAGGCAGGCGGUGCUGAAGCCGCGCCCGAGCUCUCGCAAACGCAGGGCGCCCCGUGCGAAGACGAGGGGCGGCUUGCAGCAGGAGCGGCUUCGACAGCAAAGCCUGGUACUGGAGUCCACAGUGAGUUCGAGUUUGCGGGCCACGGAUCAAAGCCUGCAGUAGAUGGAGCCGUUGGGGAGGGCGUUGACUUCAUGGGAGCUUCCUGCUCCCAGGACCCAGGAAACGAGGCGGUGGGAGAGUGUGGGAAGAGACUGAGCGACUCUUUAUGGGCCUCCGAAGACCUCAGCUGCAGGUCAGAGAUCAGACGAGAUGUGCAGGCCAACAGGGGGAGCCCAGAGUGGGCCGGAGCCGUGGACUCUCAGAGAGCCAUCAGCCUUGACGCCUCAGAGUGCCCGACUGAAAUGAGCAAUCUGUCCGGGACGUCUUUGGUCAGGAGCAUGGCUUUGGAAGACCUCACAUCCAUCGGAGACCGAAGCUUGUGGGUUACUCAAGGAGAGGAGCUCGUCUCUGAACAAAUAAAAGAUGGACUGACUGCUGGCGGAGCAGCUUUAAAGUCCUGCAGUGACUCUGGAAGCAGAAAUAUCACUCCAGAAACACAGACCGCCCAGACCCAAAGUCUCACACAAUCUAGCUUGGAUUCUCAUUCAGAAGAUCUUCGUCCAGCAAAUGGCAGUAGGAACAUUUCCAAGGAGGAUAGCCUUUUAAACAAAAUGCCAUCCGACACGACAGAUGAAAGCAGCAGCAGUGACUCAUCGUUACAUAGGGCCCACUAUUCAAAGCCUGACAUUUCUAGUGACUCAGACAUGAGGAGCUGUGUGGCUCAGACCACCGGUACCGCCGAGCCCCCCCAAAGCGCUCCAGCCAGAAAGUCUUUGGUGCCGGUCGCUAUUGUCAAAGCUCAAGCAAAGAUGGAUAACGGUUCCUCAGAGAAGACUCAAACCGCCACCAAACCAACCUCUUCCCUUAAAAGACCAUCCAUAGUCACCAAGGGCACCAAAACACUCGCUUCCUCCCGAAACGGCCACAGCUCCAUCCCCAUUAAAGCCAGCAGCACAGGGCCCAGGCAGCCCGGAGGUGUCGGUGGUGCAAAAUCUCAAGCCCCAGGAGCCAAAACCUCUGCAAGACCUGCAGCUCAACCAGCUAGUGCCAAGAAACCUCCCACUCCAAAAAAUGAAAAAGACACCAAGAGCGGACAGAGCAGCCCCGGUACUCCCAAGUCCCCCUCUAGCCAAGCACUUUCUGCGAAGGCGGCAGCUGAGGCCAACAAAGUGAAGAAGGUGGCGCUGGUGCGUUCCACGCCCAAGUCCCCGGGCUCGCUGAAGGGCCGCCCGCCGGCUCCUCUGGCCGCUGCAGCGCCGAUGCCGGACCUGAAGAACGUCAGGUCCAAGAUCGGCUCCACAGAAAACAUCAAACACCAGCCUGGGGGUGGAAAGGUGCAAAUCCUCGAGCAGAGGGUGGACUAUAGUAAUGUCCAGUCUAAGUGCGGCUCCAAAGACAAUGUCAAACAUGUACCCGGUGGCGGCAAUGUCCAGAUCCUCGACAAGAAGCUGGACUUAACUAACGUCCAAUCUCGCUGCGGCUCUAAAGACAACCUUAAGCACACGCCCGGUGGAGGCAAGGUUCAAAUCCUGCACAAAAAGAUCGACCUGAGCAGCGUUACAUCCAAAUGUGGAUCGAAAGACAACAUCCGUCACAAACCAGGUGGCGGAAAUGUCGAGAUCAAAAACGAGAAGGUGGAGUUCAAAGUCCAAUCUAAGAUCCGCUCUCUGGACAACAUCGGCCACGUUCCCGGAGGUGGACAGAAAAAGAGGGAGAAGGGGAAGGAAGCGGAGGGGAGCACCUCAGGCAGCCCCUCAAUCCCCUCCCCUGCUGUCACCCCCCCCCAGUCACCUCAGACUGUCCCUCCAGCACCCAACACACCCAUCUUGAUGAACCCCCUCAUAAAGAUUGAGGACUCCUAUUGAGAGCCACAAACUGACCUUCCGUGAGACGGCCAAGGCCCGCACUGACCACGGCGCUGAGAUCGUCUCCUUGGAAGACUCCCCCCACCAGCUCAGCACCGUCUCCUCCUCCGGCAGCAUCAACAUGACCGACUCCCCGCAGCUCUCCACACUGGCCGACCAGGUGUCCGCCUCUUUGGCCAAACAAGGCUUGUGAAUGCGCCAACGCCCCCUCCUCCCCAUCCACCUCCACCUCCACCUGAGAAAAAGCACGACCACGUAGAGGAGUUGUGAUAUGCCUUCCUCAUUUUUUUCACAGGACUUUUUUAGCUACCCAUCACUGUUUGUCCUUCACUAACCUUUGAAACGGUUCUCGAGCCAUUACUAGUAGAGUAAUGAGAAAAAAAAAACAGAUUAACAAGUAGGCCAAAAUGUAUUUAAUUCCUCUCUGUGGUCUUGGAUCUCUUCAUUCGCUAUUGUUUCUACCUUUUGUAAGUGUCCCUUUAAGAGUUAAGAGCAGAAGUCUCCCUGUGAAUCGGAGGAAAUAUUUUGUCUUCACACACAUCCCGGUGAAACUGAUUUUAAGACUUGGUUUCCUGUCACAUUGACUGUAAACCCUUUUAGAAAGCUGUGUUUUUAAUCUCCCCCUUCGAUGGGUGUCCCCCCCCCCGGUGUUAUUUUCUUGUUUCGAUGAAUACACAGAACAUCAACCUGGAAAAUGGAGGGAAACGCAGACGGUUGGGGUCCAGUUUGCGCUAAAGCGGACGGAUCAGUUACAGGGUAUGGUGAGGGGGUUACGCGAGGAAAACCGUUAAAAGAAGAGUAGCAAAUGUCCUGUCAGGGCAGGGAAAAAAUUGCUUUCAGACCUCACUGCCGUCUUUGCUUUGUGUAGUCCCGAGACACGAGCUGCACCUCCGGCUACUGUAGGUGACGGGGGCGUAACCUGGAUUUUAAAAAGAAAAAUACAAAAAAAACCAGAACGGCUAGAGUAGAAACUUUGGUUUGUGUUGGGCACAGUUUUAUAAUCGUAUUCUGUGGAUAUAUGACAUGUAUUUGAUAUGAAGAAACAUUUGUAUCGUGCCUGCUACUGUCAGUGUAAAAUUUUAUUUCUUUUUUUUGUUUUUUUUUGUUUUGUUACUGCUCUAUUGUAAAUGCGCUAGAGCUCGGUGUACGAGGAGGGAAAAAUUAACCUUAAGGCAUUAAAAGUGUAACUUUCACGGCCGAGUUAUGGAGAGACGGGAUGAGCUCAUCAGUUCGGCUCAUCGUCGAUUACAGGGUUUAAACCGCUGCGCGCACUUGGAGGGUGGGUAGAAUGAUGUUAUUCAGAAAAUACAAGUCUUACAGCGAGGCUGCGCAAGUUUUGCUAAAGGGAGGCCACUAAUGAGAUAAUGCUAAAUGCUACGAUUGCCAUUUGGCGAAAACGCUAAGCUAUUCCUAACGGUAGCGAGAGCGCAGAAGAAUCGUAAAGUCGUUUGCUAACAGUCAGGCUAGCGGCUAAGCUACCGGUCACACCGGACCAAGCGAGGCUUUAGCAGCGAAGCCACUGAGCGUGUUGAUGUGAGCAAAGGUUUGUUUUACUGCUCAUGAAUUCACCUUUUCACGUGUCGGAAGAAGACGACCGUGUCGUUCCCUCUCCCGAGAGUUUCAAGUGAACUCGACCGGAGUGAGAAUGGCUGUGUUGCAAAGCGGACGGAUGGACGAUGGGUUGGACUUUAGCGCCGCUAAAGUGAGCAGCAAGAGAAACUUCACCGCAUCGAGCUAGAGCUGUAACCGGGCGCUGAACGCACAGAAACGCAGGCUUCAUCACGAUGUGGCUCUCAGCUGGUUGCUUUCCCCCCAAGUUCCUGGCAAAGAAAAAGCUACACGGCAUGGCCGAAAUUAUGUGGACACCUGAAUUUUACACCCAUGGGUGACUGUGAGCACCCCCAUCCAAAAACAUGGUCCUUAAUCUGGUGCAGCAACAGCCUCCACUCUUCUGGUGUCAGGUCUUUCCACCAGAACCUAAACCUGGCUGCAGGGAUUCGCUCCGCUUCAGCCACAACAGCAUCGGUGGGGUCCAGCGCUGAUGCUGGGUGAUCAGGUCUGGCUCACAGUCCCGUUCGUCCCAAAGGCGCCGGAUGGGGUUGAGGUCAGAGCUCUGGGCAGACCAGACAUAGUGUUCCACACCAAACUGGUAUGACCAUGUCUCUACGGAGCUGGCUUUGCAAAGGGGGUCCGUCAUGUUGAAAGAGGAAAAUGUUUUUGCCAAAAUGUUGCCACAAACUUGCGGGUGUCAACCUUAUGGGCUCGCAUUGUGUGAAAAAUGAUUUUAUCUUCAGACGUAUCCUGGUAAAUCUCACGACAGUUAAGACUCGGUUUCCUGUAACGUUAUGUUCUUAAUGUUUAAUGCGUUUUACCCCCUACAGUUUAUUUGUUUCCUUAUGUUUUUGGUUAAAAUGUUGAAUAUCAACUUGGAAAAAACGAGGGACAUGCAAACUGCUGUGGUUCAGUUUCUGCUAAAGCAGAAGAUGAAGUUUGUGUAUUUUCAAAACGCAGCAAUGCCUACAGGAUGUGACCACUUCAGCUGAAUGAGUCAUGUACAAGCCAGAAACAAAGAUUAGAGGAAACUCAACAUGAUUUUAUGCAGCUGAACCUUUUUUUUCUUCUGCUAAUCUCUCGACCGCUCAAACUGAUCUCACAAACGCUUGUUGUAUGCUGACUUUUUUUUUUUUAACUGGAACUAAAGGGCCCAAACCAUGAAAAACCCCAGACCAAAAGUACUCAGAAAUAAAGUAAGCUGAUAGGCUUGUCCACAUACUUUUGGCCAUAUCCAACUUUUCACUUCAGGUGAACAAACGUUUACUUUUCUGUGAGGAGAACCCUUGUAAUUUGCAUUUAAAUGAAACAAAAUGCAACCAGCUGGGGAUUUAUUACCAGUUUGACUGAGUUCAUGUGCUCAAAACAACAAAUGUCCCGCUGUUGAUCAAUAUUCCCAGUGACUCGUCAGUAUUAAUGAGUGAAACGACUCCUUGCAUGCACCUCAUGUGAGAGGCAGCCCUCUGCUUGAUGCCCCCCCCCCCUCACAAAGUGGUCUCUUUGUGUAUCCUGUUUAUAUAUGCUCCCUGGAUUUGGAGGGAUGUACUGACUGAAAGAAAAUGUGUGCGCGUGGGUGGUGCUAACCUUCCCUCACAGGUUGUGGUAAAGAGUCGGGAAGUCCCACACUUCGCCCCCGACUGUGUACGUAUUUAAAACAUGUACUGCCGACAGAUAUAAAACAGUAUUUUAUCUCUAUGGUUGCAAAAAUGUGCUACUUUACUUUAAAAGAACAGACACGUAGGACUUAAGGGUGUGCUUGCAACAUUAUCUGCAUGCUACAGUGAAUUCUCGGUUCCUUUUAGUUUCUUUUUCCCAAUAGACCACGUCCGUCUCUUGUGUGUAGGACCGACACGAGUGCCGAGGGGUGGGAGUUGUUCCCGAGCGCGCGGUAGAGUUUUGCGCACGCGUGCGUCGGCGGUCCUCCUCUCCGCGCAUCUCUGCACCGGAGCUGUGCGGAGAGAGAAAAACCUCAUCACCUUUUCAUGGUUAAGUCUGACGCUGUACAGUUGUGGAAAUGUGAUUGUUCUCGUUAUUGUGCAUUUUAUCAAUAACUGGUUUAUGAUGAUUCUUGUUGCUGUAUGUGUGUAUUUGAAAAAUA